GUCGUCCAGGAGUCCGUCAGUGGCGCAUCGUACACGUCCUCGAGAGGAUCCUCGUCAUUACGCACGCCCAGAGCCGAUACACAGAUCCCCGUGCCUCUUUGUCUAAUUCCAUCGACAGGUGGAAGUCGAUAGGAAAGUCGAAGCUAAGACGAGAAGAGAACCCUGUGACAGAAUAAAGAAGAAUGCCUGGUGCCGGUGGUCAACCACCACCGCAGAGGACCACCUUCAGGCCACCCUGGGUCAAAGAUGGUCCGUCACCUUUACCUAUGCCUACUGCACCCUGGACCCUCAAUUCCAGAAGAGAUUCGAAAUCGAAAGUCGAGGAACCACCUCCGUUUACCCAAGUUACGUUAAAAAGUGUAUCGAAACCAGAAGCGAAGCCCUCGGCGGAAACACAGCCGCGUAAACAGAGCAAGAUCACAAUAAUCCCGUCACAGCCUAAAAGCGAGAAGAAUACGAGCAGUCAACCGGCACCGACGAAGCUUCGCGAGAAUGGACGACAAGAGCCAAAUUCGAGGCCACAGCUCGAACGACAGGUUCGAAUCGAGAGGUCCCGAUCUCGAGGUGACACGAUACCUCUCUCCAAGAGUGAGAGCACUACAGGAGCGCCGACAUUAUCAAAAAGCUCGUCGAGGGCAGCGAUCCCGCCACCACCACCUCCAAGACCUCCGCCACCACCUCCGAGUAGAACGAUCUUGAAAGACCUUCCGCCACUAAACGACACGCAACAACAACAACUGGAAAUGUUGAAACAGAGACCACGGAAACGUCCUGACUGGGCAAGCAUGAUGAAAGAAGUGGAAAGCGGAAAACCUUUGAGACACGUGAAGUGCAAUGACAGAAGUGCGCCCUUGAUCGAAAGGGUGAACAAGGUUACAGCUGAUCCAGCAGGGAAGGCACACUUUGUGUUCGAAUCUGAAAAAUCGAACAUGCAUAACCAAUUGCUGAAGCAGAUUCAGGAAGGUGUAAAAUUAAAGAGAGUACAGACCAACGAUCGAUCGAGACCAAUGCUACAGGGCUUGAGGAAAUUCCGAAGGCAGCUGACGAUAGAGGAGCAAAUGCAAAAGUCUGAAGAACCCACGGAUGACUCUAUUUCGGAUGACAUGGACGACAUUGAUGCCGUAAGGGAUGACUUACAAAGUACUAAACAAAUGCUUGCGCUUGAACUUAGAAAUAAGGAGGCAUUAGAAAAGGAGAACAAAAAAUUACAAGCAAGGAUUUUAAAUCUUGAAGCCGAAGUCGACCAUGCAAAAUCUCAGAAAAGCGUGCAAGAACAAAGGAAGUACGACGAGCAAAUUACAGAAUCAUUGAAAAAGGACGCUCAGCAAGCAAGAGAAGAUGCUGAGAAAUUUGAGAAAGAAUAUGCGGUUGUCUCGGGCGAAAGAGACAAACUAAAAAAUGAAUUGGAGGAAAUAAGAAGGAUGUAUGCCGCUUUAGAAAGACGAAUGAAAGCUGAGCAAGAGUUUGAGCCUGUACCAAUAAUUGAGCUAGCAGAUGAUGGCCACGAAGCAGCUUGGUACAAUGUUUCAGGAAUGGCACUGGCUGGUUGUCCAAGUGCAAAAGAUGUAGCAAAAAUAGCUUCUCAAAAAAGUAUAGAUAAAAAAGAACCGAGCGAAAGCGAAGAAGAGGAAGAAGAAAGUUCAGAGGAAGAAGAUGACAAAGAUCCAAAGGCAGCAGAGAAACGGUUACAAAGAGAGAUCAAACUUUUGACAACCAAGAUUAAAAAUUUCAAGGACAAAGCUGUUAAUGCCAGAAAAGAAAGACACGCGUUAAAAGAUCAAAUUAAACAGCAACAACAAUUGUUGAAAGAAGAAAGGAAAAAGUAUAAACAUCUUCAGGAAGAAGUUGAUAAAAUGGCAAAGUUAAUGUCAGAAAGUGAAGAUGACGAUAAGGAUGAAGAUGAAGAGGGAGAGGAAGAAGAAGAAACAGAAUCAGAAGAAUCAGAAUCUGAAGAAUCUGAAGACGAAGAAACUGAAACAGAAGAUGAAGAUCAAUCUCUGGAAGGUCAACGAAAUACAUUACAGAAACAAGCCAAGAAACACGAAGGACGUUUAGCUGCAUUAAGAAAAGGUAAUUAUCUGCUCAAAGCACAAGUCGACAGGCUGAAAGAUGAUUUAGUAAAACAACGGGAAGAUAGUUUCACUCUCCAAGAAGAUCUUGACUCCGUGUUAGCAGAGUUAGGUUAAGUUAAUGUAAAAAAACAUUUCUAUGAAUGAUUAUGAACAAUUGUAUACAUACACAUAUAAAUAUUACAUCUGAAAAUAUAGAAAAUAUUAUGUCUGAAAAACCAGACGCAACUAAUACACGCACACUCACCUAGCGCCUAGCGUCUUUUGUAGAAAAUUACACAAAUAGAUUUUUGUUCAAUCGACUGCAGAGCAUAGAGCUACUAUUUUGUGGUACCGGUUAUUAAACGCAUUAAUUUGUUUUCUUUAGUA